AUGAGCGCAGAGGCACAGAAAAUUGACGCUGAUGCAAAGGCCAUGGCCAUGCCGCCUGACGCCAAGAAGGACGUGAAGCCCGUCAAGGUCUCAAAGCCUCGCAUUGAUUGCAUUGACGGCUGUCGGUUUGCCCUCGUCUUCCCCAUCGUGGUCGCUCAUUUCGCUAGGUUCGGAACGAAGAAUCUGACGGCGCUGAAGCUGCUGACGCAGGAGAACGUGCUAGUUGGAGGCUUCUUCGUGAUUUCCGGGUAUGUGUCCGCGUACACUUCCACGAAGCUUGGCGAGCGCAAAGCGGAAGAGAAGAAGCUGGCCAACCCGGAGCUCUUCUUCUGGCAGAGGGUCAUGGCCUACUAUCCUUUGCACUUCGUGAUUUCUUGCCUCUUCGCCCCCAUGUUCAUCCAGGUUGAGAG